GCACAACUAAUAAAUGAUCCUCUGGGUUUUGACCAUCUUCCCUCGCUCUGAACGUCUGUCAACAACAACAGCGACAACAUCACUUGCAUGAUUCUUGAUGACAUCACAGAUUCCACACGUAUCCAAGUGCCUCUAGACUGGUAAAACAUCAAGGCAUAGGCGCACUCUUCAGAAGUCUACCUCCAGUUUUUCCUGGUUUGGUAACUUGGGCUCUUUUUUUCGGGAGUCGGGAGUGUUUUUUUUUCUGCCAGGACGCUGGUUCUUGUCUAGUCCAGUGGCUACCCUAUCAAGGCUAACCUUCCACGAACUGGAAUACAGUGCAUUUUUACUCAUAAUUUCACCCACUGGUCAAGCUCCAUCCUCGGCAGCUCCCGGUUCUCUUCUCUGGCUGGAGGUUAGGAGAAGGCUUAGGGUUGUGGAGGUAUGACUGCGUUGGCUGGGGCAAUACCAAGGAUGAUGCGCCCCAUGCUGGCGCAGAACUACCCCCACAGUGGCUUCCCAAUGGAAGUCUCUACCCCGUUAGGCCAAGGCAGAAUGAACCAGCUCGGGGGAGUUUUCAUAAAUGGCAGACCUUUGCCCAACCAUAUCCGCCAUAAGAUCGUCGAAAUGGCCCACCAUGGCAUCAGGCCAUGCGUCAUCUCCCGUCAACUCCGGGUCUCUCACGGUUGCGUUUCUAAAAUCCUCUGCCGGUACCAGGAGACCGGCUCUAUUCGGCCCGGGGCCAUCGGGGGAAGCAAACCCAAGCAGGGGACGACGCCUGAUGUUGAGAAGAGAAUAGAGGAGUACAAGCGGGACAACCCGGGUAUGUUUAGCUGGGAGAUUCGGGAUAAAUUACUGAUGGAUGGGAUAUGUGACCGGAACAACGUUCCAUCAGUGAGCUCUAUCAGUCGCAUCAUGAGGAGUAAAUUCGGAGGGGAGGGAGAUGACGAUGAUGAUGAAGAUGAAAUCGAGAAAAAGGAAUUAGAAGAACACGAACGGCGGGCCAAACACAGCAUCGAGGGCAUCUUAGGAGACCGAUCGAGCCACUCAGAUGAGGGGUCGGAUGUGGAGUCUGAACCAGACCUGCCUCUGAAGAGGAAGCAGCGCCGCAGUAGAACCACCUUCACGGCCGAACAGCUGGAUGAGCUGGAGAGAGCCUUUGAACGAACACACUACCCUGACAUCUACACGAGGGAAGAGCUGGCUCAGAGGGCCAAACUAACAGAGGCCAGAGUUCAGGUGUGGUUCAGUAACAGAAGAGCCCGGUGGAGGAAGCAGGCUGGAGCUAGUCAGCUCAUGGCCUUCAAUCACCUGAUCCCUGGGGGCUUCCCGCCCUCUGCCAUGUCCAGUCUCUCACCUUAUCAGCUGUCUGACAGCCCGUAUCCCCCUACAUCCAUAUCACAAGUGGUGUCGGAGCAGGCCAGCACGCUGCACCGGCCCCAGCCCCUUUCCCCGUCCUCAGGCCACCACCAGAGCUCAGGAGGGGGAGGACAGGAUGGGGGGUCUGCCUACUGCCUGGCCUCUGGACGCCACAGCUUCUCAGGCUACUCCGACAGCUUCCUCUCGUCAGGAGGCCCUCCCAUGAACCCUGCCAUCAGCAAUGGCCUCUCUUCACAGGUGAUGGGUCUGUUGAACCCAGGUGGGGUGCCCCACCAGCCCCAGAGUGACUAUGCCCUCUCCCCCCUGACAGGAGGCCUGGAGCCCCCUGGGGGCAUGGGGGCCAGCUGCUCCCAGCGUCUGGAGCACAUCAAGGGUCUGGAGGGCCUGUCCAGUGUCACCAACAUCCCCAGUCUCCCCUCGCUGCCCAACUCCCAGUCCUACUGCCCGUCCUCCUACAGCGCUCCUGCCUACAGCGUGGACCCUGUGGCCUCCUACCAGUAUGGGCAGUACCACGGACAAAGUAAGGUGCCCUUCAUUAUCUGAGACCUGAGAUCACCUGAGGAUCUGCCCCUCUAAGUGACCCCCCACCACCUCCACCUUUGGCCCAACCCAGUCUCCACCUCUGGCCCAACCCAGUCUCCACCUUUGGCCCAACCCAGUCUCCACCUCUGGUCCAACCCAGUCUCCACCUCUGGCCCAGCCCAGUCUCCACCUCUGACCCAGCCCAGUCUCCACCUCCGGUCCAGCCCAGUCUCCACCUCUGGCCCAGCCCAGUCUCCACCUCUGCAAAAGCCCAGUCUCCACCUCUGGCCCAACCUAGUCUCCACCUCCGGCCCAGCCCAGUCUCCACCUCUGACCCAACCCAGUCUCCACCUCUGACCCAGCCCAGUCUCCACCUCUGGCCCAGCCCAGUCUUCACCUCUGGCCCAGCCCAGUCUCCACCUCUGCAACAGCCCAGUCUCCACCUCUGGCCCAGACCAGUCUCCACCUCUGACCCAGCCCAGUCUCCACCUCCGGCCCAGCCCAGUCUCCACCUCUGGCCCAGCCCAGUCUCCACCUCUGCAACAGCCCAGUCUCCACCUCUGCAACAGCCCAGUCUCCACCUCUGGCCCAGACCAGUCUCCACCUCUGACCCAGCCCAGUCUCCACCUCCGGCCCAGCCCAGUCUCGGUUGAGGGACGUGUGUACUGCAUAUGUUGAGACUGAUGGGGCUCUUUAUGUAAUCUAUUCCCUCAACAGUGAUCUGUUCCUUCACACUUGAUGAUAAUAAUGGAAGAGGGAUUAUAGAUAAAAUGACAUUGAUAGAGAGGAAUUUAAGGCCAAAACAAAGAAACACAUGAACUUUGAUUCAUGUCUGUUGAUGAAUGACAGAGAGAAUGACAGAGAUGCCACUGGGUACAUUCCCUUGCCUGUGAUGUGGUCUACCCCACAUUGGGCGCCAACUUUGAUCAGGAGGACCGUGGAGGACUAGCCCACAUAGACCCACAGCACAGCCCAGGAGCAGAGGCCUGGUUGGGGUAAAAAAUCCUCAAGUCAGGUCUGUGGAAGAGCACAACCAGACUGUAUAGUAACGGACUUACUAGCGGCCUUAAAGCUGUGAGUCUGUUGACAUGUUUGCCGUAGGGCCAAAUGAAUACAGAUUCAUUCUAUUUAUCUCUGAAUGAAAGCUACUUGAUGGAAAAAAUAACAGGCUUUUCUUGUGGAUUUAUUAUACGUUUAUACGUUGCAUUUAUUUGAUAUGUUUUGUCCAUGAACACAAUAUUCCAAACAUAGACUGAGGAACAAACAAACAAACAAACGUGUAAAAAAUACAUAUGCCAUUCAAAGAGGAAGCUUUGACAUAUCAUCAUAAACAGACCUGUAAUGUAUACUACAGCUGUUCCGUUCCCUUCAUUAUGUUAAAUGCUCAGUGUUUUUAAACAAUCCGUUGAACUCUCACUGUGUUCUGUUGAUAACUCUGAUCUCUUGUAGCUUUAGAGGGAUUCCUAGGGGUCAGGGGUGACUUCUGGGAAAGUCCCAGGUGAAGGAGGAGGAGGAGGAGGAGGGAGGGGGGACUCAGGGGUUCUGAUGGGCGACAGGGCUGAUCCAUCCAGGGGUGCAGUUCCCCCUCAUAGAGGCCUGUUAGGUCACGAGACUCACGACCAAGAGACACAUGAGAAACCAGGACCACCUCACCACAGACCAACCCAGCUGACCAGAAGUGCAAUAUCACGUACCUCAGAGUCGACGACGCCAUCAAACAGAUGAAUCAAAUAAGAUCUUGUGUCUUAAGAACAUUCUGUAUAAACAUUUGAAUCACGUUUGAGUAUGUCCCUACGGAGGCUUCCAGGUCCAAAACAAAGAAGCAACAGCAACAACAACCACCAACAUCGUCAGUACUGCUAUAAUAGCAAAGCCACAGGGAAAGGUGGGACGCACAUUGUGAACCAUUGAAGUCAUUCCAAGUCCAUGUGGAGCAGAUUGAUUCAAGGGAAAAAAUAAGUAAACAAAAAAACUUAUGAAGAAUUACAAAGCCAAAUCAUUUGUUGUUUUUUUGGUCUUUUGUCUUUUAGUUUUUCUUGUUGCAAAAACAGAAAGAUCAAUAGUGUGGUGUUUACGUCAUUUCCUUAUUUAUUCUCUCUAAAGUAUCUAAGCAAUUCUUCAACAUUAUUCUUAAACUUUCUUCAAUGUUUUAGUCAAGUUACUACAUGACAUAUCUUAUAGGAACACCGUGUCCGUCUGUUCACUAAAUGGUAGCUGAAUGUCUCAACAGAUCAAAGGUUGCUACAAGCACUCAGCGGUCAGUUGUACAUUUGUCUGUAACAGAAAGAAAAGUGUUUUUUCUUUCCAAUGGGUUCCUUAAUUUUGAAAUGUUUUUCUGUCUUUUUUGACAGAAUGAUAUGACACAAUGUCUUGUGUACAAGCACAGUAUUAUUACUAUUUAUAAUAAAACAGUUGACUAAAAAUA